AUGCUGAUUUUUCUCUCUCUUUCUGUUUACUUUUUCUUUUUCUGUCUCUCUCCUUUUUUUUUCUUUCUCCUUCUUUCUUUUUCUCACUCUCUCUCUUUCUGUUCUCUCUCUUUCUCUCUCUGUCUUUUCUCUUGCUUUUCUUUCUCAUUUUGUUUUCCCUCUCUCUGUUCUUUUUCUUUCUUUCUCACUCUGUUCCUCUUUUUCCAUUUCCGUCUUCUUUUUCCCUUUCUGUUCGUCUUUAUCGUUCUCUCUUUCUCUUCUUUCUUUUUAUUGCUCUCUUUAGCUCUCUCCCUUUCUCUCUUCCUUUCUCUCUCUCUCUUUCUCUUUAUUAGUCUUUCUCUUUCUUUUUUUCUCUCUCUUCUUCUCCCUCUCUCUUUCUUUUCUCUUUCUGUUUACUUUUUCUUUUUCUUUGCUCUUUCUCUGCUCUUUCUUUUACUUUAUCUCUUUUUCUCUGUACUAUCUCUCUUUCUGUCUCUAUUUUUUUUGGCAUUUCUCUUUCUAUUUUUUUUUCUCUUUGUGUUUUCUCUCUCUCACUCUCUCAGUUCCACUUUUUUCAUUUUUUCUCUUUUUCCUUUGAACCAAGCCUCAUAA